UCGGAAGAGCCAUGUGAGAUGGAUAUUGAUCCGCCGAUCGUUUCCUUCGCCGAUGCUGGCGAAGAAAUUUCCAGUUUGGUUACUGCACGGAAGCGAAAGUCGGACAGUGCAGGAUCCCCCUCAUCUCCCAAGAAAAAGAAAAAUGGAACAGAGUCUGAGGAAAUUUUCUCUCCGGCCUCGUCUUCAAAGUUGUCGAUCUCAACAUCGUCUGGCGAAGAAAUUUCCAGUAUGGUUACUCCAAGGAAGCGAAAGUCGGACAGUGGAGAAUCCCCCUCAUCUCCCAAGAAAAAGAAAAAUGGAACAAAGUCUGAGGAAAUUUUCUCUCCGGCCUCGUCUUCAAAGUUGUCGAUCUCAACAUCGUCGGGAAAAAAUGGCGAUGAAUAUCCGAGUUGGCGUCUGCCGAGAGAUGUUCUCGAAAAAAGGGGACUUCACAACGUGUUUUCUGGAAUGUCAUUUCAUGUGCCAGAGGAUAUUCCCGACAGAAACAAGCUUGUUCGUUACAUAGUGGCAUAUGACGGAGAACUUCUCGAAGGGAAGGAUUCUGCUUCUCGAGCAACUCACAUACUAAGUCGGAAGAAAAUCAAUGCGAACGGAAUGGGAAAAGUCGUUCCUGUUACCUGGGCCUGGGAUUGCAUAAAAACGAGGAAACUAUUACCUGAGGGAGGCUACCCGAAGAAAUGAUGGGUUGUCGGAAAUUGAAAAGCGUCACAAACUAUUUUAAUUAUUUCACUUCGAGAAUGCCCGCUGAGUCAUUUUUUCUUCGGUUGCGCACGAAUGUCGCGAGAUUUAUAAAUUGACAGAUCGAUCACGAAACUUGAUACCAGGCAGCAAAGAUGUAAAACUAUUGUUUCUGCGACUUUAUUUAAUAUGUCAUGCGAUUUUUAUCUUUCUGAAGGCUGAUUGAUGUCCAAA